UGAUGUUAUCUCGUGAAUUAGAAAUGAGUUUACCGAUAUCUGUGGGUCUCUAUCUGUACAUGCUGGUGGUGCAAACGUUUUCCGGUGACAACUUGCGCUUUCGGAAGUAUGCCCUAAUUGGAUGGGGAGGUCCUUUAAUCUUUGUCGGAGCGUGGGCACUCACAAAACCGUUCUACUCGGCCGAUACGGCGUCGGAGCAUCCUUCCAAGCUCGAAAUUGAAUGCUCGUGGAUGCGGGAAUCGCACAUCGAUUGGAUAAUCCAAGGGCCCACCUGUGCGGUGCUGAUUAUUAAUCUCAUCUUUCUGCUGAGAAUUAUGUGGGUCCUCAUCACAAAGCUUCGCUCGGCAAACACGGUAGAGACGAGGCAAUAUCGGAAAGCAUCCAAGGCACUGCUCGUACUUAUCCCACUGCUGGGCAUCACCUAUCUCAUCGUGAUUUACGGACCGAACGAGGGCGUCAGCAGUCACAUCUUUGCGGUCACCAGGGCCACCCUGCUGAGCACACAGGGCUUCGUCGUGUCGUUGCUGUACUGCUUCCUAAACUCCGAGGUACGGCAAACCCUGAAGCACCAUUUCGACCGGUGGCGGGAUGAGCGAAAUAUCCUCCGACCGGGCAUAGGCUCCAAUCAUCAUCGCAGCAAAGAUUAUUCGCCCCGAUCCAGGACCGAAAGCAUACGGUUGGUAUUACAAUACAUCAUUCAUUGAUGGUUUGUGUCCUUUUGUCGUUUCAUGUUCUCGCUUAUACAGCAUUUUGGUGUCAUCUUUUUUACUAUGCUCAUAUUUGUUCAUGUUAUCAUUAUAUUGCAAUUCACUGCGUAAGCAAUCAUAGUAUAAAAUUAAUCUAUUAAUUCAAUAAUCCACCAUAUUUUGUUGCAUAAAUUUAUUUUCUUUGAAAAAUUGAAAUUUUGAAUGUUCAACACGCGGAUAUACCUUAUCACCUUCUGCUCCUAAGAAGGUCCCCUUUGUAGUUUUGGCCCAGGGAAAAUAUGCCACCCCAACCAAAACCAAGCCUCAUUAUGAAAAACGUUAUGUGUUUCCUACUACAUUUUUGUACGCAUGAGAAAAAUUCAGUUACGGCUCUAGGUGAAUAGACCUAGCUCAUUUCAUACAUGUACCUACUAUUUCAAUAAUGAUUUAAACAAAUUUGGACAAGAAAACACGCAUAAAUCUAACCCUUCCAGCGUAAUAUGUACGAGUGACCACUUUACAACCUCACUAAAAAAAUGUUCGAUUUUUCAACUUUUUUUUGACGUUGAACUACGUCUUACAUUAAGGAUGCCAAAUCAGAAAACAGGUCAUGUUUUUAUGAAAUAAAGUUAACGUUAAUAACUAUUUUUGCUGUGAACGGAUUUUCACGAUUUACAUACCAAUCGAAUCGGAAAUUCUCUAAAAUUUAUUUGGUAUGCUAUACAUUACUACCCAUUGUCUAUAUAUGGUUUAAAUUGACGAAAAUUGGAAGCAAUCUCAUUUCCCCAUACAUUUGUUCUGUCCAUUUGUGUGAUUUCCCAAACAGAGCUGUGAAUAACGAGCAAUGAAGGAGAAAUCGUAAGAUUUAAAGUCUCCGUGUAGUGAUCCCCGAUUUUUGAAAAUAAUCGUUCAUCAGCUAAUCGAAUAGUUUUCAGCAGUUUGUUAUUCGAUACGAUUAAUCGGCCCAAAUAAUCGAUAAAUCGCACCACUGAGAGAAAUAAUUAGUUAGAUUAUUAUUUCUCAUUUGCUAGAAAGCCAUAUGGAAUCAAAAAAGUGUUCAUUCCGCCUGAAAAUCAAUUAUUAUUUUUUACUCACCCCUAUAGUCGUAAACGAAGCUCAAUUCACGUUGACGGCAUUGAGCUUUGUUUACGAACUUAGGGGAGUGUCAAAGAUAAUGAUUUGUUUUCAGGAUAAAAACUGCAGCGGCCUUCCGUCUUUUCUCUCUGAGUUUGGAUCGAUUAAUCGACGUAAAUUAUUCGUUCGCUUCGAUUAUUGGUUGUGCAGUAUUCGUUCGAUUAAUAAUCGAUUUCUGUAGGAAGUAUUCGAUUAAUCGAACGAUUAUCGGGGAUCACUACCUCCGUUAACAAAGGAAAAGAAGAAGAACGAAGGGGAAUAUUUGCCUACAGUGCCUAUAAACAGUGGAUCUCGCUGAGGCAAGCUUAGAGGCGAAUGAACUGCAAAGUUUAAAGCCUCUUAAAAACAAAGAAUUGAAUUGAGGCAAACGUUCAUUCUUCGUAAAGACACCGGCUGGACAACACCGUUGCUGGGCGAGCUGGAUGGCGAGGGAUCGAGUGCCUUUCUUAAAGCAAUUGGGGUGGACGCGACCAAGUUACUCAUUGCAAUCAUUGCAUCAAACUGAUGCCAUUGCAUUAAUGUUUUGAGCUACAAAAUUGUGUGGGGAAUCAUCAAGUUAGGCCAUCGUCGGCUCACCAAGAAAAUAAUUGUUCUGGAAUUAUGCCUCUGAUUUGGUUUCGCAUGGCGGUAGCAAAACUCUUUCCACCAAGGCUAACAGCUAAGCUAAAACAGCUAACAGCUAAUCUAGACAGACAAUAUUAAUAGAAAAGGCUGUUGAGAAGGGCGCAAAACGGAGAUAAGUGUGUGUAUAUUUAGAGGCUUCAAGCCAUCGAUAUAUGGAUAUUUGUGUGCGUACGUGCGUGCUUCACGUAAAAAUAGUACAUCUUCGCUACGCUGAAGCCCCAUUUGUAUCUGCUUCCGUGUGCAUUGGUGGUGCAAAUUAUGCAGCCGUAAUGAUAAAUUUAAACAAGGAGGAAAGAUAGU